AUGGCACGAGUCGUUAUCGUCGGAGCAGGUCUUUACGGUCUCAUCGCAGCGAAGACGUAUCUACAAAUCGUUGGGGCAUACGGCGAUGAAAGCACAGGCAAAAGCUCCGACGAAAUCGCCAAAAUCCCCGUCGGUUUCACUGAGAGUAUCGAUGCGUCCCAAAAGACCUCCUCCGAAAGUCGCCUACUUGUGAUUGACUCUGCCUCCGAUAUUGGGGGUACUUGGGCCGAGGAGCGACUUUACCCAAAUUUGUUGAGUCAGAACUCCUAUGGCCUUUAUGAAUUCAGUGACAUGCCUCUGUCCAACGUUGUUCCAGAGGAACAUGCGGAUGAUACACACAAUCAAUUCAUUGCAGGCUGGAAGAUCAACCGUUAUCUCCGUGUAUGGGUUGAGAAAUGGAAGCUUGAAAAACAUAUAAGAUUGAACUGGAAGGUCGACGACAUCAGCCGUCUCGAAACCAAAGAGUGGAAGCUCAACAUCACUGUGACCACGUCCACAUCCCCGAGUCGCCGUAUUACUAUUAUUUGUGACAAGUUGGUCCUGGCUACAGGACUGACCUCGGUACCAAAUAUUCCCAAAGCCAAGGGGGCGUCAACGGCCUCCGAUAACCCUGCUCCAGUCAUCCAUGCCAAAGAUGUUGGAGAAUGGGCCCGAAAGCACCUAGGAUAUCAGCCACUGAAUGCACCUGAGUCCGAGGUUGCUGCCAUUCCAGUCAAAGAGUCACGUUACCCACAACUGCGAUCGGUUGCUGUUUAUGGUGGUGCAAAAUCAUCCUUUGAUCUGGUACAUUUCUUUGCGACUCUACAUCGCAACGACUCAAAGCUGCAUCUCAAGUCUACACAGGAGAGUCCUAUCCAAGUACACUGGAUCAUCCGUGACCGAGGUGUAGGGCCGGCGUGGAUGGUGCCACCAUUGUCUACUCUCCCAAAUGGCGACACCGUUGCAAGCGAUAAGGCUGCAAGCACUCGAUUAAUUACCCAUCUCACCCCGUGCUGCUACGAGAUUCCAAAACGUCUGUCUCUCGGGUCCUCCGGGGAUCUUCACUGGGAGGGCUCAUGGCUGGCGUGGUUAUUACAUGGUAACCCAGUUGGCCGAUGGUGGAUUGGUUGGCUCUGGCGAUCGAUCGAUAAAGGCUUGGAGGAGACAGCGCAAUAUGGUUCAGAUCCGAAGAUGGCAAAGCUUCGUCCAGAGAACAGUGUUGUCUCGUGCGCAUCCGGUAUUGGUAUCGCAAACCAAGGAGACCUCUGGGAAACGAUUAGAUUGCCCCAUGUCAAUGUGUACCGAUCGACCAUCACGGAUAUCGUUGCUACCAGGCCGGAGAAAGCCACAGAUUCAUCUACGAAAGCCUCAGUGCACAUUUCAGACAGCAAUUGCAUUGAUGAAGUUGAUCUGGUCAUACAUGCGACCGGAUAUAAGCCAAUAGUCCCAAUUCGGUUUGAACCUGCAAGUCUCCGUCUGGAAUUGGGGCUUUCAGCCCUGGUGGACUCGGGGGGCCAGAAUAUUUGCGAGAAUCGUGAAAUUGCAGCAGGAACACCGGAGAGAAUCGAUGGACCACUAGAAUCAACCAUAAAAGACCGCAUCCAACACUGGGACGAUCUAGAUCGACGUUCUGAAGUCAUGGUCAGAAAGACGUUGAAUGCGACAAGGUGCGCUUUCACAGAUCGGAGUCCUCCCUCAUGGGCUGAGCCUCACAAGCUGGUGCCAUAUCGCCUAUUCCGCCGUAUGGUGGCACCUGAAUUAGUCGCAAAAGGAGACCGCUCAUUUGCAACACUCGGUGUUGUUUUAUCGUCGACUAUUGCAGUUGUUGCGGAGGUUCAAGCCCUUUGGGUCGCGGCGUUCUUGACAGGGGGGCUCGACUCCUCCGCGGAAACCACACCAAACCCAAACCAGGCACUCUCACUUAACGAUCUUUCACUGGAGAUUAUGGAGAAAGCCACCUCCGAGGAUGUGGUCCUGGGUUCAUUGACGGGAACUGGCCUCGAAGUCGAGGCCAUUCAGUAUAAUGACAUGCUCCUGCACGAUUUGGGACUGAAUCCCCACCGAUUAGGGGGUGGGUUCUACACUGAGCUGACCGGGGUGUAUGGGCCUUCAGUAUAUGCUGGAAUUGUGAAUGAGUGGAAGAAAACUCGGGGCGACGAAGGCAAACCGCGAUGUCGAAACUGCAUUGACCGGAACUACCAAUGCAACUAUGGUAACCAGUUGACAUUUUUGACAAAGAAUGCACGCACUGUGCACACAUCAGAAGUCGAGGCACCAUCUACCAGCUAUGAAGCGAUUCGGUUCGUCACAGAGGAGAUUUCGAAAGAUUGCAACAAAACUGAGGAUCAUGCACUAAAUGAGACAUCCUCUCACAUUGAUGUAACUCCACAAUCACAACAAGCCGACCCUAGCACACUUAGCGUUGUCAGAGAUGAAGACGUGCCAUUCUGGCCAGAGCCAGCCCCUCAUGCGGCAGACGAACAAGAUUAUUCGAUCUUGAAUGACAAUGAUGAAUCUGCGGUCGCCGGGUUGUUGGCUCUCGCAUCUAAUUUGUCGCGUCAAUUGGCCCUCGCCGCGCAAACUACACAACACCAACCCGAAGCAAGUCUAGAGACACUCUCAUCCACCGAAAUACAAGCCCUGUUGCGGCACUAUCGUUAUGAGAUAGCCUCUUGGUUGGACAUAUGUGAUCUUGGUCAAUCAUUUGGAAUCCAAGGACUUCAGUUGGCGAUGGAUUCACCGCCGAUCUGGAACUCGAUUCUUGACCUGUCUGAGACUUCUUUCAACCAGCUUCAUCCGCAAAAGUCACCCGGGGAGGGGAAGACAUUCCUUCGGCAGACCGACUCGAAUAUGCAGGGUGACAUUACAUUUGUCGCACUGCUAAACGUUAUAAACCAAGUGAAACACUGUAUCUCGAAUAUUUCUGCUAUGUGGAACACCGAAAGACAGUGCGAUCAUGACCUCAUGGGGGCCUUGAGUUCUCACGCAGUGGGCAGAGAUAUUAAUUCCGCGAUUUAUUGGCUCUCUUUCAGGCUCGAUCUUGCGACAGCGCUAGCUAGUGAUGGCGACAUAUGCAUGCCGCUUCCCCCGUCGUUCCCAUACUUCACAGAAGUAGAAUUUGUGGCUGAUCCAUUCGAGAUGGUUUUCUUCUACGCAUACCGCCCUCUAUGGCUCUGUGCGAGAGCGAUCCAAUUUGUGCACAACGAAGAAGUUUCUCCUGAUCGACCCCCGCUCCAUAUAUGGAUUCAAUUGGUGGAAGAACUGCAACAAUGGUAUCGUGAGCGACCAAGGGAAUUUCAACCCAUGCUGGAAUUAGAGCUGGAUGAUCAGUUAGCUGCACCAGAACGAAGUUUCCCGGUUGUUCUGUUUGCGAAUGGAGCAGGCUUGUUUGGGAACCAGCUGUAUCAUACGGCCAUGUUGAUCUUACUACACAAUCGCCCUCGCACCGCACGCAUUACUGAUUUCCACUCUGUUGCCAUGUCGCCAUUGUGGCAUGCGCAGCGGAUAUGCAGUAUUGCUCUCCACAAUGAUCGUCAGGAGUGCUGGGAUCCAUGUCUCUUGGCAUCCUUUCUGCUGGCAGCUCGUCGGAUGACACACGAGUCGCAACAACAUGAAGUUGUGCGUGGAUUCGACCGUAUCCGUACGGUGACAGGGUGGAACACAAACAACUCCUUGCAGAGCCUGCGAGCAGAGUGGUGCCUUCUUGAUGAGAUAUAG